AUGCAGCAGCAGCCCUCUCACUGGCACACAUGCAGCAGCAGCCCUCUCACUGGCACACAUGCAGCAGCAGCCCUCUCACUGGCACACAUGCAGCAGCAGCCCUCUCACUGGCACACAUGCAGCAGCAGCCCUCUCACUGGCACACAUGCAGUAGUAGCCCUCUCACUGGCACACAUGCAGCAGCAGCCCUCUCACUGGCACACAUGCAGCAGCAGCCCUCUCACUGGCACACAUGCAGCAGCAGCCCUCUCACUGGCACACAUGCAGCAGCAGCCCUCUCACUGGCACACAUGCAGCAGCAGCCCUCUCAGUGGUACACAUGCAGCAGCAGCAGCCCUCUCCCUGGCACAUGCAGCAGCAGCAGCCCUCUCACUUGUACACAUGCAGCAGCAUCCCUCUCAGCGGUACACAUGCAGCAGCAUCCCUCUCAGCGGUACACAUGCAGCAGCAGCCCUCUCACUGGUACACAUGCAGCAGCAGCCCUCUCACUGGUACACAUGCAGCAGCAGCCCUCUCACUGCUAUCCAUACAGUUAAUGUUUCUCUUUUCAGCUUGGUGCAUGAGCCAUUUGUGACAGAGAGAUUCCAGACUGACGUUUUCCUGUUUAAAGAGCUGACAUCGACUGGGACUCACGAGUCAGUACUCGUGCUCUAUACAGACUACUUGAAUAAAGAGGCACGCUAUCUCUUGCACCUUAACACUUACAACCCCAUCACAAACAACACUGGAUUAGCCAUACAGUUAAUUGAAUUUUCUCCAGCUCCCAGUGUGGAAAACUGUCGAAUAACACCGCUGGCAAACAGAAAAGGGUCUUGGUUUCGAGGUUCGUGUGAUGAGGUGCGUGGACAGUAUUAUCCAGUCUUACUUGAAUGGAGCUACUCCUUCUUGUGGCCUGAUAAAACAGUUUUCUAUUAUGGUGCAAGAACAUCAAUUGAUUUUUCUCUACCUUCAGGCCUGGAGGCCAAUGACUAUAAAGUUUAUGUGUCGAUUAAAGCCAUCGACGGGAAAGGCGUUUCGUAUAAAUAUCCUGUUGUAAUGGACUUUGUAGUUUACCCAAGAUCUACGACUGGAGAUGGUAUAUUAUCAAUAUUUCAAGAGAUAUCCACCAUACAAAAUGAGAGCCCCUCUCUUUUAUUGCAGCAAGUAAGAACUCUCGCAUGGGAGCUCAACCUUCUUCACUCAAGUGAUGUAACUCAAACUGUCUUUGACAACAUUUUGACUAUUUUGUUCUAUAGAACCAGCUGCAAAGAUAGUCUUGUAGCUGCAGACGACCCAUCCUACAGCAGUAAAUAUUCAUCGCAGAAUAACGGGGAUUUCUUUGUGAAGGUGAAUCUCCUAAAGUCAUGUGCUCGUGACCAUUUAGCAGAGAUUGUAGUUGAGCUUCCUGUUAGAAUUGAAAUGGAGGUUCUUCAGGUCCUGACAGCUCUUCAAAUCAUUGCGGAUGCACUUGAAUACAUCUCCAGCAUCACAUAUUCUCGUAUCAUUGUUGCAAUGCAGACGGUAGCAACAAGGCUGUGGUGUACAUACAAUGCAGAAGUUAAGACAGAGGCAGCACAACAGUACUUUGUUUUGUCUUCCGUUAUGCUAGACAAGCAGUUUGAGAUUUAUGAUUGGAAUGAAACUUCAGCCCACCUGAGUAAUACAGUCAUCAGUCUUCUUUUGGAUGUCAUGAAGACAGAGAUAGCAGCCAGGUUUCUGGAGGAGGAGCCUCUGACGUGGUCGACCGACACUCUGAAGUUCCACGGUUUCCUGGCCGAGGCACAGAAAAUUAACAAAUGGAAUCGAUCCGUUUCGUUUAGUUUUGAGCCAAACAGUAUUCCAGAUGGAGUGCACUUAGUGCAGUCUCUUGUGCACAGUCGGUCACCAUACAAUGUUACCAAUGACCUGGUUACUUCCCAAGUUGUUAAUGUUGACUUGCACGUGCCAAGCAAGUUUCUUCGGCAGGUUAAGGUUAAAGUCCAGCGCUCACAACUGCUUCUGGGCGAUGAGUACGACUUUCGACGGCCAGGCUAUCUCACACCCCAGACUCUGAGUGUAUAUGAGUUUGUGGUUGCUGCAGAACAUGAUUCUUUAGUACUGCACAUUCUUCUGCAAAUCACCAAAGUUCUGAACUCUGAAUAUCCAGUGGCAGCACUAUUACUUAUUUGCAACAGUAUGCAGAGCCUGAAGGAGCCGGUAUACAAGGUGGAACUAACAGCCACAGAUGAGCCUUCACAGGUGUCACUCUUGGUACCACCACACCAGCUGACUCACGGCAAGAAACUGCUCAUCAUCAUGGAUAAAAAUAGCUAUGAAAAUAAUUGGGCAAGAUACAACUCAAGUGAGAUAGGUGCUGAUUUCUUGGUGAGUGGUUGGUGGUCACAAUGUCUGGUGUGGGGAGACAACCAGUGGCAUGCCCAGAACUGCUCUGUCCUGGGCAAGGAGUCAUCCUGGGAUUACACAUCAUGCAGUUGCAAGUCAUACUACUCAGUGUAUGGAGCCCAGGCCAUUCCUAUACUGGAUGAAGAGAGUAAAGUCAAUGUCAAUGAACUAAUGCUUCGUGAGACAUAUCUGGCCCUCUAUUUCAUGGUGUUACUCUUGGUUGUCUAUUUUAUGUUGGCACUGGCACUGCAGACAUCUGACAGACACCGUCUCAGACGACGAAAUAUUUGGCUGCGUGACAACAAGCCAGAGCACGAAUGGGCAUAUUUACUGACCAUCAAGACCGGUACUCAGUGGAAUGCUGGUACCACUGCCCGGGUGUAUGCCAUUCUGCAUGGAACACAUGGGAUGAGUGAAACCAGAGAGCUGCAGUCAAAGCAGACUGGCCAGUUGUUUACACGCGGGGCUCUCUGUACCUUUAUUUUGACAACUGCUGAGCCACUGGGGGACAUCCUGAAGGUUCAGUUAUGGCAUGACAAUAGUGGAAGUGAUUCUGGGUGGUAUGUGUGUGAAACAAGUGUGGGUGACCUUGUGCUGGGGGCCAGGUAUGCAUACCCAUGCUACCGAUGGCUGUCAGUUCAAGCCGAGGAUGCCAAGGUGGAGAGGGAGAUUACACUAGAGAGCCCUACAACAUUUUUACAGGAUUUUGAGCAUUUCCUGCCUCAGUAUGCCAGUGAGCACAUGUUAUGGACUUCACUGCUAACUACCUCUAGCACAGCCAAGCUGUUUCGUCUUCAGAGACUCACCAUAUGCCUCAUUGUAUGCCUUUGCAUGGGCACAGUCUCCCUUGGUGUGGUACAGAAAAUCAACACUGAACAUACAAUGAUGGUGCCAGACAUGCAUAUAGAAUCACUCUACUAUGGUGGCAUCAUUGCUUUACUUUUGUUACCAGUCCAGUGGUUGCUGGAAAUGGCUUUCAAAAUGAGCAAUAGACUGGAAGAGAAAGAAUAUAAUGCUAAAGCUGUGUUAGACACACUCAGAGCUUCCAAAGAAAUGUCACCUCCAGCAACCAGCGAUAGAAACCAAAAUGGCCAAGAUGAUGGUGAAGAUCCAGCUCAUGAUAUUUAUGAUACUAAUGCAAAGAUAUGGAGGAAUUUAGUGAAUUGGGCUCAGACAACAGAGCUCUCCAAUUUAAACGGAGAGCUGCAUUCGGCAUUAUUUCAGGGCCAAGAUAACAUGCAGGUUACACAGCGAGCAAGAUCAGAGGCCGACCAUGAUCUUGGCAGUGCUGAGUUGAUGAGCAACACUCAUGAAACACCAACCACAACAACACUCCCAGCAAACAUAACAAGGAUUAUAAAUCAUCAACAUGAAGUUACAAACACUAAAAAAUGCUCCCCAACUAUUUUGAGCUUUUUCUCCGAGUUGAGGAAGACAUUUAACUACAUCCUUCACUUUGUGGCAAAGAACAGGAGAUCGAAAAGUAAAAAGAGAAAUAAAUUGGAGGAAGAUGGUUGGGAUGCUGAAGAAGAUGUAGAUGAUGAUGAUGAUGAUGAUGACUUAGAAAGUGAUGAACUAGGAGUGACAUCCAGCAUCACUUUUAUCUUUUCUCAAUGUGUUGGGUGGAUAGUUUGCUGUUUCUUUGCUGCUCUGUGCUGUAUGGUUCUGUUUGUACGAGGGUCAGGGAUGCCCAUGGAUUAUGGAUCUUUGUGGAUUCACAUUAUAUACAUAACACUAUGCUUCUCUGUGUUUAUCAUGCAGCCUCUUGUUGUCGUCAUCUACACCUUGUAUAAGGUUUGUAUGUAUCGAUGGCUAGGAUGCCGAGGCUGCAUCAGCUCCUGUGUGACCAUCCCACUUGACCAGGUGGUAGCUAUUUGGAACCGUUAUCAAGCAGUUUUAUUGGAACAAGUUCAUUCAGCAAACAUUAUGGACAGUGAGAAAUUGCUGGAGGAGCGACAAAGGACAAGGGAGUUAAGAUACUCACACCCACCGAGUGAAGACUAUCUCUUGAAGUGCCGAGAGAAGGAAAUGAGAAAAGAAAAUGUUUCUAGCUUGUUUUGUAACAGCAUAGGGCAUCUGCUGUUAUUAACAUUGUUAAUAAUAAUUGCAAGCAGUGUUAAUGUGGAAGAGCGCUACAGACUAAAUUGGUCUAUAUAUUCAUCUCUAGAGAAUGGGUCAUGUCUAGAAUCAGCUCGUUUUGUAGAUGCAUGCAAGAGCAUAGGUUCAAACAGUGACUCUUGCAACCAACAAAAAGAUAAAACCUAUAUGGGAUUUAAGGAUAUUAAAAGUAAAGAAGAUUGGUGGAAGUGGGCAUAUUCAGAACUUCUUGCACUCACUUAUAAUUCUGACAAAACAUUCAGUCAGUACAACAUUUUUUGUGACUCAAACAGCAUUAUCAUUGGAAUGCCCAGAAUUCGUAAAUAUGACAUUGGCUCUGAGGAAUGUGAUGCAAGUAAGGUUAAAAUCAGUAACAAUAGGUCCAUGGCAGACCUCUUGAGAGUGAAGACUUGUUUUCCAAAUUAUGUGGAUGAAGUAGCCCACCUUUUCAGCUUCAAAUCUACUAAGGAUAAAGAAUAUGAAUGGGAUGCACACUUCCUGGCUAUCACCUAUGGACAGUAUGGUCAUUACAGCUACACUUCAUAUAAACAGUCUCUAGCCACCUCCCGUUUUAGUAGUUUGCUUAUGCUUAUGGUUCUUCAGUCUAGCAACUGGAUAGAUGAAAACACAACACGAGCAGUGGUCACUGACUUUGCCCUCUACCAUCCUCAAACACAAUUGUACACAGCAGUUACUUUGCUGGCAGAGUUCCCAUCCCUUUCUGGAGUCAAGGUCAAGACGAGUGUUUGGUCAACCCACAUUGAGAGAUACAGUGGGAUGCUGUGGUCUGUAUGCAUGCUGGCUGAGAUCAUACUACUGGCAGUAGCUAUGCACUACUUGAAUAAAGCUGUAAUUUACAUACACACUUGUCGGUUCAGGAUCUGGAAGUCAUUUUGGGGAAUAUUGGAUAUAUUUAUGACAAUAGUGAGCUGGAGUUACAUAGUGUGCCUCAUGUUACGUGUUGACAUAGCAGAAGAUGCGUUAUGGCAGCUGAGAGUUGCUUAUUUCCAGAAGUUUGUCAACCUCAAGGGUCUAACAACAUGGGACAACAUCCUGCAUGCACUGAUCGGAAUAAUGCUGAUGCUACAUCUUCUGCGAUGCUUGUGUCUCAUGCAAUAUUUGCCUCGUUUGCGAUACCUUGGACUCAUGCUGGCCACGGCUACUAAAGAUGUCUCUGUAAUCAGCAUUGCCCUGGGUAUCUUGGUGAUGGCCUGCAUGUUGCUGGGACAUAUGUGGUUCAGCCCAGUACUGUGGGAGUUCCACACACUGAUGCAGACUUUACUAACACUCUUCAGAAUGACAUGGCUGCGUUUAGAUUUCCUCAAAAGUGUGGAACAUGAAUCAAGAUACACAAAAUUCUUGGGGUAUUUGUUCUACCUGAUAAUUUACGUUUUUCUGUACCAAGUGGCUAGAGCUCUCUUUGCUUCGGCUUUCCUGAAUGUACGGAAAUCACAUGUUUAUAAACCAGGGUUGGAUGUAAAAUGGGAGGACCUAGUGUAUUAUGUAAAAGAACGUAGUCGAUCAGUUUUGCAGAUGUUUUUUAGGAAAAAAGAAGAUGACAAGGAUCAGCCUGAAGAUAAUACACCUCCUGAUUUUUAUAUGACCGAAUUAGACCUUCAGAUCACUCAAGUAAUGGCUGGGCUGGAAAAUGUGGGUGAAACCUUAGGACUUGUAGUGAACAGAAUUGAUGAGUUGAUGGAAGAGGAUGAACCAGGUGUUGACACAUGGGAUGAUUAUGGAAUAUUGAAGGAUAUGCACACCGAUGAUGCAGUUUGGCAGCCGGAACAAAACAAGAGUUGUACUCAGAAGACGGAACCAGAAGCAAUAUUGAAACUUUUACAUAAUCGUGUGGGAGCCGAUAGUCGUAAACAGUCACUAAUGAGCCAGGUCUUGUCGCUGGAAGGAAGGCUUGAAAAUAUGAAAGGAGAGGAGGGGGACACGAACACAACCCCAAUAAAACCUUUAUUUAAUCUGGAUGCCUUUACUGAUAUUGCAAGUUGUCAGACAGAGAUUGAAGCACUAACCCGUAACUGGAACAUGACUGCCUUUGAGCAGACAGAAUAUAGGACCCAGGAUGAUGGUGGGAGACUGGCAAAGUUUUUAAAAGAUGUUUCAGCUGCUUCCGAUGAAAAUGUAACUUCAUUUGGGAAAUAUGGCAAAACAGUCGGCAAACUGAAAGUCAAUCCAAAGCUGCAGCCAAGUGACGAGUCGCUGAGAACGGUACAUAAUCGUUAUAACCCUAGCAGUACAUUAGAAACUAGGAGGAUUGGUCAUAUGCAGUCAUUGGUUACUAGUCAGCAUCGUAUGUUAGCUACAGAAUCGCAACACCAUGGGACUCACGCCUUCCAAACUGACACACCAGCACAAGGUCCCAUUGGUAUAAGUUCAAGGCUUUGCCGUACCCAAACACAAGGGCGUGGCAAAGGGCACGUUGAUGUUUUAGAUAUUGUAAGUCUGGAAUCUGACAGCGAAAGUGAUAGUUCAAGCUAAAAUCAACAAGUUAAAUUAUUGUUCAGUGUCACCAUUUCUUUAGACAUGUGAUAUGAGAAAAUUAAUACUCUAAGAAUUGUGUCAAAAAUAUUUUAAUUACUGCUUUGACACGUUUCUUCUUCUUUCAACACACCGGCCGUAUCCCACCGAGGCGGGGUGGCCCAAAAGGAAAAACGAAAGUUUCUCCUUUUACAUUUAGUAAUAUACAGGAGAAGGGGUUACUAGCCCCUUGCUCCUGGCAUUUUAGUCGCCUCUUACAACACGCACGGCUUACGGGGGAAGAGUUCUGUUCCACUUUCCCAUGGAGGUAAGAGGAAAUAAACAAGAACAAGAACUAGUAAGAAAAUAGAAGAAAACCCAGAGGGGUGUGUAUAUACUAUAUGCUUGUACAUGUAUGUUUAGUGUGACCUAAGUGUAAGUAGAGGUAGCAAGACGUACCUGAAACCUUGCAUGUUCAUGAGACAGAAAAAAAAGACACCAGCAAUCCUACCAUCGUGUAAAACAAUUACAGGCUUCUGUUUUACACUCACUUGGCAGAACAGUAGUACCUCCCUGGGCGGUUGCUGUCUACCUACCUACAACCUACAUGUUUAUGUACUUAAAAAAAUUUUAGUUUAAGGAAAGCAAAUUAAAUUUCUUUUAAUUUUUGUGAAUGAAUUCCUAUUUUUUUUUAUCUUCAUUCUCAUUCUCUUAACUUUUUCUUGUCACCUUUCAUUUUCCUAAAUCUGUGAUGCACUUCCCUUAUUCUCCAAUAAAAGAAGUAAAACAUUCUUGUACAAGAUUAAAGAAUAGAAUAAUGGUUUGUAGACUUUUAUUACCACUAGACAAAAUGAAACCACAGUGGUUAUAUUGGCAUUGAGUCAUCUUGGGUUUGGUCAUGGACAAACUUUUCCAGACAGAAAAAAGGGGGGUUUAGGGAUGUCAUUGACAAAAGAUCAUCAGAAAAUCAUAGUACUAUACUUUGUUGUGAUUGAAACAGAAGAAACUAUUUUGCAAGUGGUAUUUGUUAUUUUCUUCAUACUACAAGUUAAAAAUAAAAUGCUGUAGGAAUAUAAGAACAUAAGAACAUAAGAACGAAGGAACACUGCAGAAGGCCUACUGGCCCAUGCGAGGCAGGUCCAAGUCCCUACCGGCUUAAGCCAAUGCACCCAACCUAGUCAGGUCAGGUCACAUUGACUUAAGGGAGGAACACGGCAACCGACCUGUUAGCACAAGCUAUCAGGUCUAACUCACACCCACCCACAUCUACUCAUGUAUUUAUCCAACCUAUUUUUAAAGCUACACAACGUUCUGGCCUCUAUAACGGUACUUGGGAGUUUGUUCCACUCAUCCACAACUCUAUUACCAAACCAGUACUUUCCUAUAUCCCUCCUGAAUCUGAAUUUUUCCAACUUAAAACCAUUGCUGCGAGUCCUGUCUAGGCUAGAUAUUUUCAGCACACUAUUUACAUCCCCUUUAUUUAUUCCUGUCUUCCACUUAUAAACCUCAAUCAUAUCCCCCCUAAUUCUACGUCUUUCUAGAGAGUGCAGUUUCAGGGCCCUUAGUCUAUCCUCAUAGGGAAGGUUUCUGAUACAUGGGAUCAUCUUUGUCAUCCUCCUUUGUACAUUUUCCAUAAAGUUGAGAAGACAGAAUUAUGAGGAAAUGCUGUCCUGAUAAUUGUUUAGGUGGUAGUCCAGUGAUGACUAUGUGGGAGUAGUCCAGUGAUGACUGUGUGGGAGCAGUCCACUGAAGAAUUUGUGGUGGUAGCCUCAAUGUUGAGUUUGGGGUGGCAGUUUUGUGAUGGAUUUGUAGUGGCAAGCUAGUGGUUCUUGAUCAUUAUUAAUAUUUUUGUCCCUAGUACUUUUUCCCCUAUCUAAAUAAAUUUUAUGUCAAUAAUGGUACAAUAAUGCAGUAAUUAAAAAUAUUUUCUACAAACAUGGUCAUUAAAUGUUAUGCACUUUAUGACUCACAUUGGUCUAUUGGCAGUCUGGAGGGACGUCUAAACUGUUGUACGUGAGCGCCUCUGCAAAGACACUGAUUAUGUACGAGUGAUGGUGAAAGUGCCGAAUGAUGGAAGUUUUUUUCUUUCUUUUUGGGUUACCCUGCCUUGGUUGGAAAUGACCAACAUGUUAAAAAAAAAAAAAAAGUAAUUUUAGGAAUUGUUUUAUCGUGCUCAUUGUGAAUUAUUUUUAUUAAAUGAAAAAAAACUA